GUAAAGCACUGAUUAUCAAAAGUGAAGAGCACCAGUCGUAUUUUGGUCUCCAAGACAAGCGGACGGAUUUCAAGAUUCGAAUUGUUAUAUCCUUGAAGAGUGUAUUAUUUGGUUGAAAGUGUGCAACGCAGUGAAGGAGACAUCUCCGACCCUAUAAAGACUGAAAAUGGGGGAAAAAUGCGAACUUAAAGCAGUAACCUCGGAUGAUCUCCCGAACAAUCCCCGGGAACUUUCAAACUGUAUAUCAGCCGCCACCUUUUGGUAUACAAUUCCUACAUUUAUCAAAGGAAGUAAAAAUACAUUGAAUGUUACGGAUUUGUACAAGGUUUUGAAGGAGCAUAAGUCUGAGAAGUUGGGCAAUGAAUUAGGUGCCUUAUGGAGCCAGGAACUAAAAGCUUCAAAUGGGAAACCAAAGCUUUUGAGAGUCCUUCAGCGGCAAUUCGGAGGGUACUUCGCUGUCCUGGGACUAGUAUUAUUUAUUGUGGAAAUCAUGUUUCGAGCCAUGCAACCCUACUUCCUGAUGAAGCUCAUAUCCUACUACAACAGUGAAUCUGAUUCCGUUGCGACCGGAUACAUCUAUGCAGGCGGACUUAUCCUGACUUUCGCCAUGUAUACCAUCAAUUUUUAUCCUUACGCAUUUGCCGUCGCACAUAUGACCUUCAAGGUCCGUGUGGGCCUUGGCAGCCUGGUGUAUCAGAAGGCUUUACGGCUCAGCAAGAUUGCCCUGGGAGACACCACGGCAGGCCAUGUGGUCAAUCUCAUAUCGAACGACCUUGGCCGUCUGACCAGCGAUUUCUUUUACGGACAUUACUUGUUGGUGGCUCCUUUGCAAACCCUUCUCAUUACAUAUUAUAUGUACUGCGAGAUUGGAGUGACUGCCGUAUUUGGAGUUGCCUUUAUGAUGCUUUUCAUUCCCUUAAAUCUUUAUCUUGGGAAAAGGACCGCCGCUCUACGGCUGAAGAGUGCGGAGAAAACCGACGACCGGGUUCGUCUGAUGGGCGAGAUAGUCUCGGGCAUUCAGGUGAUCAAAAUGUACGCCUGGGAGUUGCCUUUUGAGCGGAUAGUGUCCUACGCCAGGAGGUUGGAAAUCAAGGCCCUUCGGCAUAAGGGGCACAUUGGAGGUAUCAACAGAUCCUUUGUGUUCUUUGUAUCCCGUACCUCCAUUUUGAUCAGUUUAAUGAGCUUUGUGAUACUUGGAAAUAUCCUUACUCCGCAAACGGCCUUCCUCAUCACCGCUUACUUCAAUAUCCUUAAAGUAACACUGAGUAAUUUCUUUUCCACCGCCAUUACUCAGACAGCGGAUUAUUUGGUUUCCAUGAAGCGGGUCCAGAACUUUUUGUUACUAGAAGAGACAAGUAAAUUGGACACAGUGGUAGAAUCAGAACAGAUCGCAGAAACGGACAAAUGUAUACCACUCUGCGAAAAAUCUGUACAGGAUAUUCCGUUGGAUCCUCAACUCUCCAUAUCUGAGUUGAAAGCCAAAUGGGACCGAAAGGCACCUGAUUACACAUUGGAUGGAAUAAACUUGAAGGCUAAGCCCGGAAGCUUAGUGGCAGUUGUGGGUCUCACUGGCUCGGGUAAGUCGAGUCUGAUCCAGGCCAUUCUCGGGGAACUGCCCGUCGAGGCAGGAGAGAUCUUGAAAAGUGGAUCCAUAUCGUAUGCCGCCCAGGAACCGUGGCUCUUCUCCGGCACCGUGCGCCAGAACAUCCUGUUUGGUCAGCCCAUGGACCACCAAAGGUACUGGACAGUGGUGAAGCAUUGCGCCCUGGAGCGGGACUUUGAUCUUCUUCCACAUAAGGACAAAACAUACGUCGGAGAUCGAGGAGCUUCCCUAUCCGGAGGGCAGAAGGCGAGGAUCAGUUUGGCAAGGGCCGUGUAUCGGGAGGCCUCCAUCUACCUCUUGGACGAUCCCCUGAGUGCGGUGGACACUCAUGUGGCUCGCCACCUCUUUGAGAAGUGUAUCCGCGGCUACUUGCGCGACCGCAUUGUUAUCCUGGUCACACAUCAAUUACAGUUCCUUCAAAAUGUCGACCAGAUCCUGGUCAUGGAGAAGGGGCAGGUGAAUGCUGUGGGAACGUAUCAGUCUCUCCGUGGAAUGGGCCUAAAUUUCGCUUCCUUGCUGGCCGAUCCGGAAGGGGAAGAAGUGCGGGAGGCUGAUGCUCCACCAAGUGGGGAGCUAAAGAGCGAAAAGGCAGAAUCAUCUCCUAACCUUGCCGCGGAAUCUCGCCCAAAGGAACCCGAAGCGGAGCAGAUGAUUACCCAGGAGCGCCAAGAAGCGGGAAGAGUCGGACUGGAACUUUACGCCAAAUACUUUAGGGCCGGCGGAGGAUUCUUUGCCUUCUCUCUGAUAAUGGGCUAUUGCUUGCUCUCGCAAGUUGUGGCUUCGACGGGAGACUACUUCCUUAAUUACUGGGAGUUAUUUUCCAAGGAUUCAAAAGGAUAAAUGUAUCAUUGUUUUACAAAUUUCAGGGUCACCAAGAGGGGCACCAUAGUUCAAGCUGGAAACGACACAGUCGUGUACGGAGUUCUGGAGUCGCAUAUUUCUGUGUGGCUUCAUGAUUUGGGCUGGUCGGUGGACCCUGAAACGGUGGUCGCUUAUAUGUUCACCCUGAUCACCAUCCUGACCAUUGUUGUGAUAGUAUCACGGUUCUUUGUGUUCUACAACGCGGCCAUGAGGGCUUCCAUUCGGCUGCACGAGUCCAUGCUGCGGGGAGUCACUCGGGCCGCUAUGUACUUUUUCCACACGAAUCCGUCCGGACGAAUCUUAAACCGUUUUGCCAAGGACUUGGGGCAAGUGGACGAGGAGCUACCUUCCAAUAUGUUGAAUGUCAUGCAGGUCUUUCUGGAUCUAGGUGGAAUAGCCUUUAUCAUUGCCGUUGUUAACCCAGUGUUCCUCUUUCCCACGGUUGUAAUCGGAAUCCUAUUGUUUAAGUUGCGAGCCUUUUAUUUGAAGACAGGGCAGGAUCUAAAGCGCGUUGAGGCAAUCACACUUUCUCCUGUCUACUCGCAUGUGAAUGCCACGUUGACAGGACUUUCCACGAUUCGAGCCUUCGGAGCUCAACGUCUUCUGGAGGCUCAAUACGACAAUUACCAGGACAUGCACAGCUCCGCCUUCUAUAUGUUUAUGAGUACAUCCCGCGCCUUCGGAUAUUGGCUGGACUGCUUCUGUGUGAUCUACAUUGCCAUUAUUACGCUAAGCUUCUUCAUAUUUCCUCCGCCCAAUGGUGGUGAUGUGGGCCUGGCUAUAACACAAGCAAUGGGCUUGAUAGGAAUGGUGCAGUGGGGAAUGCGUCAGUCGGCGGAGUUGGAAAACACCAUGACUGCAGUGGAGCGAGUGGUCGAGUACGAGGACAUUGAGCCGGAGGGUAAGCUAGAGGCACCUGCGGACAAGAAGCCACAAAAGUCAUGGCCGGAGAAGGGAAAUAUUGUCUUUGAUGAGCUCAGUCUGCGCUACGUGCCCGAUCCUAAAGCGGAAAACGUCCUGAAGUCCCUCAGCUUUGAGAUCAAACCUCGUGAAAAGGUGGGAAUCGUGGGACGCACCGGGGCGGGCAAGUCCUCACUGAUCAACGCCCUCUUCCGCCUGUCCUACAACGACGGAUCCAUCAUCAUCGACAAGAGAGACACGAACGCGAUGGGCCUCCAUGAUCUGAGGAGCAAGAUCUCCAUUAUUCCCCAGGAGCCGGUGCUCUUCUCCGGUAGCAUGCGCUACAACCUGGAUCCCUUCGAGGAGUACAGCGAUGAGAAGCUGUGGCGUUCUCUGGAGGAGGUGAAGCUGAAGGAAGUGGUGGCUGAUCUGCCCAGCGGACUGCAGAGCAAGAUCACGGAGGGCGGCACCAAUUUCAGCGUGGGUCAGAGGCAGUUGGUCUGCCUGGCCAGGGCCAUUCUGCGGGAGAACCGCAUCCUGGUGAUGGACGAAGCCACGGCUAAUGUGGACCCCCAGACGGACGGCCUCAUCCAGGCCACAAUCAGGAACAAGUUCAAGGAGUGCACUGUUCUCACGAUAGCCCAUCGCCUGCACACGAUCAUGGACUCUGACAAGGUGCUAGUCAUGGACGCUGGACGAGUGGUGGAGUUCGGCACUCCCUACGAGCUGCUGACGGAGGCCGACUCGAAGGUGUUCCAUGAAAUGGUGAAGCAGACGGGGCAGGCUACUUACGACGGUCUGCUGAAGAUUGCUAAGAAGGUGAGAAAAAAGGACAAAGGAACGUCCAGUUUUACUCAUCUUUUGAAUUUUAUUUUCAGACAUUUGAAGAAGGAAAUAAUGAAAGUCGCCGCCCUUCUUCCUAAGACUAUCGAAGGUCCUAUAAAGUGUCUCAAGACUUCUAUAAAGAUUACAAAUUCUUCUCAUAUGAAAUAUAGUUUAAAAAACGCGGGAUUUUCAAAAUCCGUGUCUGUUAUCUGUUAUCUGUAAUCUGUAAUAAAGAAAAAAACUAUUUAUUAUCAGCAUA